AUGGCUGGAAAUGAUUUUCAUUCCUAUCAAGUCUUAGACCCAAGUUCUCGUUUCCUGAUGAAUGCCACAACGGGAGCGAUAACUGUUGAGUCAAAACUGACCAAGACGAUAUAUUCCGCUCUACUUAAGGCAACCCAGAUCGACAACCCUCUUCGAUAUGGCAUAGCUCUUAUAGGAAUAAACGUGGAGGGGCUGAAUCUGACCUUACCUAACGGUCCUUCGUUUCGUCAAAGUUUGUACGAAACUACCAUCGCAGAAAGCCAACCUCCAGGAACUACUAUCAUGACGGUCCCAGUCACAGUAAAGAACCCUGCUGGUGCUUUGCGCUUCAAUAUAUUGGAAAGUAUAGCAGAAUUCGCCGUAGACCAGAGAGGAAACAUCUUCUUAACUAGAUCGCUGGACUAUGAUGAACUAGACAAAGAAUAUCGAUUCACUCUUGAAGUUUCGGAUGGGAAACAUAUUGCUACUACACCCAUACAUAUUCGAAUACAGAACGUCAAUGAUAACUCACCACAGUUAGAUAAUUCAGAAUUCACAGUUUUCUCGGAACGGGUUCAGGGCGCAAUCAUCACGACCAUUGAGGCUCAAGACAAGGAUCCAAACACGAGAUUGCAGUAUCAACUGAGGACGCACACAUCGUUAUUCACCAUCAACUCAGUAGGAGACAUCAGCAUCACAGCAUCACCAAAUGAACUAAUAAAAGAGAGUUACCUAUUGGUGGUCAGAGUAGCUGACGACGGUGUCCCACAACGGUCAACAGUUGCCUUAGUAACGGUGAAGUUCCCGCGUCGCAUGCUUAUGUCACAUAACCUGUUAGCGAUAGGAGGCACUGAUCUACUGGCUGUUAUAUUUGGUGCCGUUUCUGCAGUGCUCUUAAUAAUCGUAGUCAUUUUGUUUGGCUACAUCAUUCGAUGGAAAAUGGCCUUCACAAAUGAAAAACUGACGAAAGUGAAAAAAGAAAACGGAUUGGAUCCCAAAGGACUGACAUUUAAGUCUGGUAAACCCAUCUCAGAUCCAAAUAUCAACGAUGUAAAAGUGAAUGGCGACAUUAAAAAGAUACCAAAUACGGAUAUACCAGCGAACAUUCGAGAAAAUCCUUUAUCGGACGAUAAGAUGCAUUACGGUUUUUCUGACAUUUCCAAAGAAGGAAAUGAUGAGAUACAUAUAAACACGUCUGUUAUUCCUUACGGAAAUUCAUUCAAUAAUUACGAGGAGCGGCGAGCCUUUCAGAAUGACGUAUUAAAAACAUUUCACGUGCCUGAGGGCAGCAGUAGUGGGGAAAGCAGUGACAGCACAGGUGAUAGUCAUAGGGUCCUUAUGAAGGUUCGUCCCUCUAAGUCUACAUCUCUUUGUCGAGCUAACAACCUCACAUGGGGCGAUAUUGACAGAGCCAGUUCCUAUGAUUGGGAGGAAAAUCUACCACAGGAUAUGAGAAAAUCGAAUAAAAAACCUAAAAUCGCAGUUUAUUUUUGA